AUGAGAUCUUCCAAACCUUCUUUGGCGGUCGGUAUGUUAUAUUUCUUGAUGGGCGCAUUUUCUAUAUAUACCGGAUUCCUUUAUAAUGACGUGUUCGCGAAGAGCAUGAAUGUAUUCGGAUCAGGAUGGACCAACUGUUACGAUCUGAAUGAGAUUGAAAAGCUUAACUAUGGAGAAGAGAAAACUCUCAUGCUUAUCCCUGAAAACGCUUACGACACUGCCGCUGGACCAUAUCCCAUUGGAGUUGACCCAAUUUGGAAUUUAGCAGAGUCCAACAAGCUGAAUUUCCUGAACUCAAUGAAAAUGAAAAUUUCUGUCAUUGUUGGUAUUGCGCAAAUGACCUUUGGUGUACUGCUUAGCUAUCAGAAUUACAAGUAUUUCAAAUCCAAUUUGGACAUAAAGUUUAUGUUCAUACCACAAAUGAUAUUCUUGGCUAGCAUAUUUAUGUAUCUGUGUCUGGAGAUCGUUGUCAAAUGGAUUUACUUUACUGCGGGGCCGCAAGAAUCUAUCCUUGGCUAUAAGUAUCCUGGUUCGAAUUGUGCACCAUCGCUGCUAAUCGGCCUUAUCAACAUGUUUAUGUUCAAAUCACUACCCUCUGGUUUCGUAGACGAAGAAGGACAUCAGAAGUUCCAGUGUCAUCUCAACUACUGGUACCCUGGACAGGUACUACUCGUAUUCGCUUAUAUUUGGGGUAUACAAUGUUCGAAAAGCUCCAAAAUUUCCACAGUACAGCCUCGAAGGGCCUCUUAG